UCGUCGAAAACAUUUGUGAAAAGAGGAGCCUGAAAGAAAUCAUUAUGAAAAAAAAAGUUAAUAAGGCUAUAAAAUAAGUAAUAUUCAUGAGUUAUUAAUCAGUACCUAUAUUAAGUAAAUAGAAAUCAUCAAAAAUGGACGAAGACGAAAAAAAAGCUAUCGUUCAAGAUCUAAACUUGAAAAUAGGGGGUGACAUAAAUGAAUUGGCUAAUGCUUACCAACUUGAAAAUGAAUUGGUUCUAAGGAGAGACAAGUUACAAAACUCUCUUCAUGCAUCCAGUAAUUUAGUUCCUACAAAAUUAACGUCUGCACUAAAGAAAGCUGAAAAUAAUUCAAAUCAAAUCCAUAAACUUAAAGAAAAAAGUGAAAAUUUGAAGAAUAAAGUAAAUGAUUUUCUGGACAAAACAGAGCCUCUUAGAACAGAGCUAGAUAUGAGAUUCUCAGCUAUAAAUAAGUUAGAACAAGUCUUGAUUUAUCUGAAAUCAUUUGAGAAAAUUGAGGAUCUCAGUCGUCAAAUGAAGCAUUGCAAUGAUGAUGAGCAGCUAGUGUUGUUGUAUGGGGACCUAAAAGACAUGUGUCUAGAUUACAAAGCUGGCCACAGAGCUACCUAUGUGAGAGAGUAUACACACUACUGGCAUAAUGUUUUAAAAGAUAAACUUACCAAACAUUAUGAAGAUGUUUUGAAGUCAAUCAAGUGGCCUCUAUCCAGCGGUGUUGAAAAUCCACCUCUACCGAAAGAUGUGCUAAUUAGGUUCUACAACCUCACAAGGUAUUUAUUCCUUAUUGAGGAACCUGAGGAUGUCAGUUCAAGUACUGUCUCUGAGGAAAUUGUCCAGGAGCUAAAUCCCUGCUUGCCAGUGAAAAUUCUACUAAAGCCUUUGAAAAAAAGAUUCUUAUUUCACUUCACUGGAUCCCGUCAAACGGCGCGAAUAGACCGACCUGAGUGGUUCCUCACUCAGACUCUAACUUGGAUAAAGGAUCACCAAGCAUUUGUGAGGACUCAUGUGCAGCCAGUGGCUGAUAAACUUGAGAUUCCUAAUGUUAAAGCAGUGGACGAAUUCAAUUCUGGCCUAAUUGCAUUAGCAGCUGAAAGACUCCACACGGUACUAGGGUUGUACCACUCACCAGGAUCGAAAACUGAACUGGUAGACAUCGACGCAGCUUUCGCUCAUGCUGUGGACGAGACCCUGGGUUUUCAUAGAGAAUUGAUUACUGUGACCGGAAAGGAUGUGAAUAGUGUGUUAUCUGUGCUGACGAAAGCUGAAACCUUUGUAAGAUGGCUUGCCGUUGAGAAGAAAUAUGCUCUUGCGAAAAUAGACGAGAUGUUAAGCAACGAGCAGUGGUGCGAAUCAGUCGCGUCGGGCGUGGGUUCCGCCGUGGGCCCCAUGUUGUGGGUGCCUCGCGGCGCGGACUGGUUCAUCGCCUUGUUGAAGACCAUCGAGGACCGAUACGCAGUGCUGCCGCAACCGGGCCAUCGUUUACAGUUCCUCGAGUUGCAGCUGGAAUUAGUCGAAGAAUGGCGCGUGCGAUUGACACAGCUGCUGAGUGCGGCCGUGGCCACACUGACGCCGGAUUCGCUGCUGACCGCCAACAGUCCGCACCCGCUGCUCGCGCACAUCAACUGUGCGCAUCACACGCGCACUGUGCUGCUGCAGUGGGCCCACUCUCUGCACUACCUACAGCUGUAUUACUACAGACGUCAGUUCCAACACUUCACGCAUCAGCAGCACCGCGAUGACUCAGACUCCAGCUCCAGUUCUGAUGAUGACGACUCCGACUCAGACGAUAAUCGGAAAUCUCCUAAAGAAGGCGAAAUAGAUGAGACGAUGUCGCUGAAAGAAGUUGAAGUUCGCGCCAAAAAACUAGCGUUGAACGAGGUUUCGCGACGGAACUCUUUGAUAGUUGAACUAAGCCAAUUUGACAUAACAUCGCCAAUAGCCAACCUAGCGGUGACAGAGCCGCUCGGAGAAGAAGACGCAGAAGAAGCGGGCGUGUUCGCUGAGGCGCCGGCGCUGCUCGGCCACCUGCGGGACGCCGGGCUGGCUGCGUUGGCAGAACAUAUCCUGCUGGAGUUCAAGGCCGGCUUGCGGGACUAUAAGAAGCAAAAAUGGCAUGCAUGGCUGAUGGUGGAAGAGAGCGCCCUGUCGGUGUCGGCGACGCUGUGCCGCGCGCUGGCGGCGCUGUGCGGCCGCCUGGCGCACUGCAGCCGCCGCCUCGCGCCCAAGCUCACCGCGCGUCUGCGCGCGCAGCUCGCCGCGGACACGGACCAGUAUGUAUACGAGGAGGUUGUCUUGCAGAACUGGUUCAAUACGGGAGGCACGGUGCAAUUCACACAUGAUGUCAAGAGGAAUCUGAUUCCUGCCUUCGCGCCACCAAACAAGGUCGCCUCGCAAGUCAACCAGUUGACAAAGUUACUAGAAGCGUGCAAACUCCUCAACUUGGAUUACGACGACGCGCGGCGCUUACGCUCCGUCAUAUCCAAGACUCCCAACUUGGCUGCGGAACAUCUCAACAAUUUGGGGGUGCGGCACAUCCCUCUAAACGAGUGCCAGCAGAUCCUCAGCCAGAGGACCGACCUCAGCGACAACGCCUCGCCCUCCUCAGUGAUGGAGUUAUUCUGAAGUUUCGAAGGAGGAGGCGUCUAAAGUGCUGACUGCAAGGUAGGACGCUGUUUUGAUGACUUGUUCUCAAUUUUGAAAGAUUUUGAUAUUAUUUACCAAUUUUAUUAGGCUGGGGUUAAUAGCCUUCCACUUGUUGGUUGUAUGAUUUUUCUAUCAGUUUUAUUGUGAAUUUCGAGAUGGAUUUCCCGUAUUGUUUAUAAUAAACUACCAACUUUCUAACAAACUUUACGGGGGUGACAUAGUCACUGCGUACCCUUUUAACCAAUAAGUAAAAAGAAACUAAUAAAACAUUGACAGAGGCAAAUGUUCCACUCAUUGCCAGUUCCAAUAAAAAUUGUGAAUUACGAAUGUUUUUAUUUUCAGUUUUUGUUAAAAUAAUGAUUAUUAUAUCCGAAAUUGAGAUGAGCACAAGCAGUGUCCCGUAUCGAAGUUGGCAGUGGUCUGCUUGUUUUCCGCUGACCAUUGCAAUCUAGAUUGUUGACUUGGAAAGUAGGCCUCCUCCUUUGAAUUGUGUAUAAUUAAGUAUUGAUAAGGUCUGUGGUGUUUAUAUGUUAUUACGUCUUUAUCCUUGACGGGCUAGACAGUGCCAAGCGUCGCCGUAUUUAUAUAAAAUAAUUUGUAAUCCUUUCUAGAUAGGUACUAUUUAUGGCAAUGAUUGCUUUUAUGAUCUACUCAGAAGAAUCUACUGUCUCUUUCUUUGACUGCAAACAUUUUUUUAGUGAAAAACUGAGAGGGUUAUAACUACUUUAAAGUAGUGAGAAAAAUAGAAGUUCUAAUAAUAUUGUUGAUUUCAUUCUAUAAUUGACGUACAUAAUCCAAAUACUAUAAUUGUACUGUUAGAAAUAUAUUUAUAUAUGGUGCAUGUAACGUUUAUAGGUGUCUACUUGUAAAAUAUAUGUGAAUAUAAGGGAAAGUAAGAGUAAUUUUAAAUAAUAUAUUUUGUUACCUGUUUUUACUUCAUUAUUUUAUUAUUUGAAAUGAAAUAAAUAACAAAAUUAUAAUCAACAUAAUUAUUAUUAACAUUAAUACAGUAUUGUACAAAAUUAUCAAUUUGCAUAAAUUAUUAUCUUGAAUUGUUUACGUUAUAUAUGUCAACCGCAACUGCGCCUAAUAAAUUGCACUGAAUAGUAACAUAUUAAAUACAGUUAGAAUCCCUGCAAUACAAACUACAGCAAUCAUCUGCCAAUACAAACAUACUUACCACAUUACUGGUAAUAUCCAUCUCGACAUAUAUAAUCUAAACAACUAAGAGUUUUUAAAGAUACAAAAGACGUCAGUUAUUUACAUCAAUACCUCAUCAUACUCAAAACAAAUUUUAUCAAACAAUAAUUUACAAUAUCGAGUAAGUCAAGAGAACGUUUAGAAAUGUCGACUUUUAAAUAUUGCCAUGCCUCAUUGCUCCGCUCCGCCGUCGCGCUCCGUCAUUUUGACAUGUGACAGUGUCAAAACCAAUAGCAAACAACGGAGCACAACGUAACUACAAUACACUACACGAUUGAGCAAUGGGGCAUGGGCCUUAUAUUUUAAUAACUAAAAAAAAUUAAGCAUUCCAUUCCAUCAUGUAUGUACGUACUUCGUUUUGAUCUUGUUACUAAAAAUAUAGCUAGAAGUUAUUUGUUCGAAAAAAGUAUAUAGAAUAUAAAUAAUUUAUAUAACGUUCUCUAGAGAUUUCGUAAAUCGGCGGUUUAGAUCGAUGAAAAGAGUCCCAACACUUCGAUAAGUGUGGGAGCUCCCUUAAUUGAAGAUGGCUAAAUCUAAAUCUAUAUUAAAUUUUAUUUUAUUCUGGUUUGAUAUAAAAUUCAUGAUCGUACAAUAAUCUGCAUCCGUCAAAAAUGUAAAGGAAAUUAAACAGAUUUUAUCAGUAAUGCUUAUAAAUAUGUCUAUGUUCUUCAUAUCAUAUGAAUUUCUCAGUUACAAAGGAUCAAAACGGAGUUGUAUUCAUUAAUGUAAUUUAUUUAAAUAAGUUCUCUUUAGGAAUUUCCGUAUCAGUCGCAUUUGUAAAUAUUUACUACCUAAAAUUAUUAAACAAAAUACACUCAAAUCUGAUUGUCUAAUAUAAAAUGUUAAAUCAAUAUUCAAUCAAUUCUGUAAAGCACACACCAUACAGAUCUGAAAUGGCACUAGUGUACUAAACGCUGACACAUAAUAAAUACGCGUACAUAAUAUUUCAAUAAAACGUUUUGUUUCACA